UGUCUCCUUGGUGCAGAGCUGCUCUUGAGUCUGUCCGUGCUUGUUGGACAACAGAGUUGUUCAGAAUUGUGAAGACUCGCCUGAAGUUGUCUGAACAGGUUCAAAGUGUUCAAGCCAAGGCUGACGUUCAUCGGCUGGUAUUUUCUUUCUUGAAAGAGUUGAUUAAGAAAAGAAAGAUGAGAGUCUGGUUCUGCUGCAGGGUGAAGGUGAAGAUCUCCACCAUCUCAUUCACGGCGUUUAUCACUGUGUGUCUCUUAUUACUGGCUGUCAACUUUCACACCAGCUCAAAGGUUAUUCAACACCAGGAAGACUCAGAAGUUCAUUCUCUACAGAGGAAGGAAUUAAGUUCAUGGCAUUCUCCUCGGCUCUGUACACCCAAAACAAAUGUGAUGUUCCUGAAGACCCACAAAACGGCCAGCUGCACCAUCCUGAACCUGCUCUACCGCUUUGGGGAAAAACACAACCUGACUUUUGCCCUAGCAAAGGGUUACCAUUUUGACUAUCCCAAAUUUUUCAACUCACGCAGCGUACAGGGCUUCUCAGAGCAGAGUGGACAACACUACAAUAUGAUGUGCAGCCAUAUGAGGUUCAACCGACCGGAGGUCCAGAAAGUGAUGCCGGCAGACACCUUCUACAUUUCUAUUCUGCGUCACCCAGUCAGUUUGGCCGAGUCCUCAUUCAACUACUUUAACUUUUUGGCACCAGCCUUCAAACACUCUGCCAGUUUUGAAGACUUUAUUGCUAAUCCCUGGAAGUACUACGUACCAGACCUGCUCUUUAACCACUUGGCUCGAAAUAUGCUUUGGUUUGAUUUAGGCUUUGACCACAAUGCUAACUUCUCACUGCAGUUUGCCCAGUCCGUGGUGGCAGAAAUCCAGCAGAGUUUCCAUUUCAUCCUAUUAGCCGACUACUUUGAUCAAUCAAUGGUCCUCCUUCGGGAUGCCCUCUGUUGGUCACUGGAUGAUGUUGUCACCUUUAGGCACAAUGCUCGCACUAAUGCGAAACCAAAGUGCCUGUCCCCAGCACAGGAGGAGCAAUUAAAGAAGUGGAAUGCUCUAGACUGGUAUUUAUACCAAAGUUUCAAUACAACUUUCUGGAAGAAGGUGGAGAGGUUUGGAAAACUUAGAAUGGAUAAGGAAGUGGCCAUCCUUCAGGCCCGCCGUGAAGAACUUCAGAAUCUCUGUCUGUUGAAAGGAGGGAAACCACCAGAGGUAAAGCCGAGUCUUGGUCAAGGUGUUGAACGAUGCCAAACUGGCCAUGUCACAAUGAUGACAUACACUUUGAACUCAAACCUGAGCAUUUCAGACAAAGAACUCUGCUCACGAAUGAUCAGGGAAGAAUAUGAGUAUACGGACUUGAUGCGCAAGAAACAGUUUCCGAAGACAUAAACUUUGCCACAGCAAACUGCAGCUAAAGGGAUCAGAAGGGUUCGAGUUAAGGUCCAAGAGGCAACAAAAGUGGCCGUGUCAUUGAGCAACAGGAUAACUCCAACUAGAAGAUCAUUAGAGACUUUGGAGUCCUCACUCCUAAUCAGUAGUGAUGUGUCCUGAGCAAGCAACCUAUUCAGUUGCACUUUAUAUAUGUGCUAGUUUUGUGUGCUCUAUUAGAAUAAACAAUAAAUGCACAAUCAAUUGUUAAAGGCCUGUCUUUUAUCCUUCUUUCAUGGAUGAAGCACCAUGUCAAGGCUGUCCACAGCUUGGCCCUUAUCAGUGAAGCCGCAUACUGACACUUUCUGCCACAGUUGCCUAUUAUUUUAGCCUUACAGGGAUGCUAGUGCAGCAAGUAACCAUUAAUUGCAUUAUUAAUUAGGCAGUAAAGUUUUCAUAUGUGGGUCCUCCUGUUGCCCACAUAAUUGUAAGAAUUGAUUAACCAAAAGGCCAUCAAUCUUUAACAGCUCAGGAUUAGGACAUGAAAACGAAGAGGGGUUAAUCAGGUGAUGCUCACCUCCUGGUGGCAAAUGUGUCCUUCAAGCCAAAGUGGUUGUUAUAAGAAGAUGGACUGGGAAGGAAAUCUGCUAUGAGAAAGUCUACUGGGGAGAAGAUUAUUAUGGCAAUGUCCACGGGGGCAAGGGUAUUGUUAUGAGAAGGUCUGUACCACCAGGUGAUUGUUAGAAGAAGAGGUG